AUGUGGAGCCCAACGUUAUUACAGGCUUUGAUGAUUGGGGUUACAAUUGGAAGGGAGUUCGCCCGCUCAAAACCAGGCACGCUAUCAAAAACCCCGAUAGUUACGCCAUCUUUGCUCAAUGUGCUCGCAAUGGGGACUGUGAAGACGAGUCUGACUAUUAUUCUGACUCUGACUCUGAUUAAGAGUGUGAAGAAGAGCCUGUCGAGUAAUAUCACAUCUUUGUGCCCUGCAACGAGACGAAGGAUUUUGCAUGGGCGCAAAGGUUCCAGGGAUAAAAGUAGGGGGUGGGUGGCGAUAUGGAGCGAUUAA